GGUGUGUUUACAGAGGUGAGCGUCCAGUUUCCACUGCUUGUUGUAGGCCGCCACGCAGCCGGACACAGAGCAGAUGUACCGUUUCAGCGGCUCCGGUUUACUCGCCAUUUCUGCCACAAAUGACAGCUAUUAGACUAAAAAUACCGUGACGCUCCACCGACCACGUUGUCCGCUUUGACACCGCUACUUCCUACAACCCACUGCAACGUGACGUCACUUCCGAAACCGGAAGCUACGUAUUACGUUCCCCAUCGGUCUAUCACGUCGAUGUUUGUUUGUGCGGCUACGAGAUAAUUUGGUGAAUCCAUACCUGGUGUGGAGAUCCAGCUGUCACUAUGGGUGAACGAAAAGGACAAAACCAUUACUACCCUCCGGACUUUGAUCCAGUCAAGCAUGGAUCCCUCAAUGGCUACCAUAAAACCCACGCUCUGCGGGAGAGGGCCAGGAAGCUGUCCCAGGGCAUCCUCAUUAUCAGGUUUGAGAUGCCCUAUAACAUCUGGUGUGAUGGCUGCAAAAAUCACAUCGGCAUGGGGGUCCGUUACAACGCUGAGAAGAAAAAAGUGGGGAACUACUACACCACGCCAAUCUACCGGUUUCGGAUGAAGUGCCACCUGUGUGUGAACUACAUCGAGAUGCAGACGGAUCCGGCGACCUGCGACUAUGUGAUCGUAACGGGGGGGAGCAGGAAGGAGGAACGCUGGGACAUGGCAGAGAACGAGCAGAUCAUCACCACAGAGCACCAGGAGAAGGAGAAACUGGAGACGGAUGCCAUGUUCAAACUGGACCACGGCGGGAAGGACAGGGAGAAGCUGAAAAAGGCUCUGCCGUCUCUGUCCGAGAUCCAGGACUACCAGGCCAGCAAGAAGGACGACUUCCAGCUCAACAGCUCCCUCCGCAGGAAGUUCAGGACGGAGAAGAAAGUCCGGGCUGAGCAGGAGGAGAAGGACAACAUGGUGAGGCUGAGGACCAACCUGUCCAUUCCCCUGCUGCCGGAGAAGGACGAGGACAAGAAACUGGCAGCGCUGCUCACAUACCAGGCCCCCGACUCCUAUGACGACAAGCAGCACAGCAAGCGGAAGGAGAUCUCUUCUCGCUCGUGGUUCAACUCCCCGUCACCUUCACCAGCAAGUCCCGCAGGCAGUCUGCUCCUUAAGCUGGGUCUGCAGGGGAAGGAGGCGGCGGUGGCCAAAGCCCUGAGCUCCUCGCACAGCGCCCUGAUCCGCAGGCGCUCCGGAGGACCGGGGCCCAGAAAUGAACCCUGCGCCACCGCCACCCGCAGGAACUCAAACCCUGAAAUCAUCACCGUGUGUGAAGGAGAGAAACGCCAACAGAAAGCUGUCGGGAUGCAACCGGGACUAAUGGCUCCAGAAAGACACUGUGUCGACAUCACAGAGGAAGGACUGACAAACGCAAAGGAUUCUGGGAAGGAGAAGGAACGGGGCAGGAGUUUAGGAGCGCUCACAUCCAUUAUGGCAGACUACAGCGACUCAGACUCAGACUCAUGAGGCUGAAGGAUGAGCUAAAGGGGAGAUUUUAUUGAGUGAAUGCAGAGACAGUGUCUAUCAUCUGGAGUCUGACUAAUCUCUGGUCAGAUCACCUUGUUUCACAAUGGAAAAAUGAUAGUUUUCUAAUCCAAAAUGUGUGAUUUUGGAUUUAAAUUCAGGCUUGAUGGUCUGCAGAAUGCUUUGUCAGUAAUAGGGCUGCCCCCUCUUAGCUGAGACGUUUCCUAGUUGUUGGUUUUGGUAUUUCUUCAGACGGUUAUUUAUUUUUGCAAUGUUGUUUUUCAUGCUGAAUAACCUAAUUUGGGAAAUGCAUAUCUGAUAUAAAGAGGUGCUUUUGUUUGAUUCUUUAUGGAAAAAUUAUGAUUAUUUAACACAUCGUCGAUUAAAUCCAACUCAUUUUGGGACUGUCCUUUUCAUAAAUGUGUUCUAUGAUGACAGCGGGGCUUCCACAUGGGUUUAAUGUGUCCCUUCAAAUGUCUCUGACCUGUAAAUAAAGGUCUCUUGGCAGA